AUGCCUGUCAGGUACGGUGGCCUGCAGGGGGUGGGCCCACAGCAGCAGCCUGUCAGAUACCCAAAUUUUGCCCAUACUAGUACUACUUCGAGGCGCACGACGGCGAGCUCCCGCAAGCUCCUCCUGCCAUGGCCGUCGUCAACCGAGCCUGUGCUUGCGCCCGCCACAGCUCUGCGGCAGUCGGAUGGAGGCGAGGCCGGCGUCGUGGCGACCAAGACGGGCAGGCAGAGCUUGCGGCCGGAUGGAGGCGAGGCCGGCGUCGUGGCGACCAAGACGGGCAGGCAGAGCACGGCGGCCGGAUGGAGGCGAGGUCGGCGUCGUGGCGACCAAGACGGGCAGGCAGAGCACGGCUCCCCAGGCGGCAGGCGAGCAUGGCGCCCCCGCAGGCCGCCGGCUGCUGGUCGCCUCGCCGCGCCGUCGCCGCCGCGCGCGAGUCGUGCGCGGUCCAUGUCGCGCGUCCCCGACGCCCUGCUCGCCGCCGCCUGCCGCGCGGCGCGCCGCCCUUGCCGACGCGGGCGCGGCCCCGUGCACCGGCCCCGUUCCUCGCCGACGCGGGCGCGGCCCCUGCCGACGCGGGCACGGCCCCCGUGCACCGCCCCGGUCCUCGCCGACGCGGCGCGGCCCUUGCCGACGCGGGCGCGGCCCGUGCGCCGGCCCGUUCCUUGCCGACGCGGGCGUGGCCCCCUUGCCGGCCGCGAGCCGGGCGGAGCGGCACCCCCGGCCAUGGCGCGGGCGUCCUGGCAGAGCGGCGCGGCUGCCGUCUUGGGCUCGGCCGUGGCGCGCUCGCCGUCUUGGGCUCGGCCGUGGCGCGCGGCCGCUCCUCGGCUCGAAUGCAAGGCGCCGCCGGCGUCGUCGCGCCUCUGUGCGGGAAAGUGA